AUGGGCAAAAACCUGACCAUAUUGUUUGCUCCAGUGCCUGGUGUGGGACACGUGAAUGCGUGCAUAGGUUUGGCUGAAGUACUGCUGAGUCGGGGCCACAAAAUUGUCUUCGCUGUCGACCAGUCAUUUGCGGGAAAGUUAUUGCCGUUUGGUUUUAUUGAAGAGACCGUCACUUCCAAUGAGAUGAAGGGUGAGAAGGCCGGGGAAUACUCGGCCACAAGUAUACUGUCGUCAGGAGUGUUGUCCGGCGUAUCAACGCUGAAAAAGUUAAAAAUAAUGCAAAACCUGUCAAUAAUUGAGGUGUUUGUCGACGCUUUGCGUCAAAAUGAGCCCCAAAUGAAGGCAUUUGUGGCCAAACAUAAUCCGGACGUCAUUGUGAUCGACAACUUUGUCGGUUCGCCGGCACUGAUGUACGCGAACAGGCCGUGGGUUGGGGUCUGCAGUAUGAACCCACUCUUUGCCAUCGCCGACGACAGGACACCUCCGCCAGGUUCUGGUCUUUCAAUAAAUGGAAACAGAGAUGAAUGGAAAGCAUAUGAGGAAGACUCGGGUCAGAUGUUUGCAAAUGCGAAGAAUAAAUACAAUAAAUGGAUGAAAGAGAAAGGCUUACCGACUGUUGAGACUAAUAGUGCUUUAAUGCUUAAGUCUCCGUAUCUUAAUAUCUAUGGCUUUCCCGAAGAACUCGAUUACACAGAUCUCAGACCACUUCCAGAGAAGUGGUUAAGAGUCGACGCAUUUAUGAAAAUAGGAGAGAAACAAGAGUUUAAAAUUCCCGAUAAAUUCUUUGACAGAGAUAUAGAGAAAACUAUUCUCUCGAAAUCAAACCACAAAUUCAUUGUCUCGAAAGGACUUCUCGGAGACACAUAUGAAUUGGCGGACAAUAUGUGGGGCGAGAACUCAGUUCCGCAGACAAAAGUGUUGCCAUUAGUA